AUCGCGUGGCGCAGGUGUGCUCACAGUGUGGCUGUGCACCGUCACUUGCCCAGCAGGGACAGCGAUAUCUCUUCUCUUACGGGCGUAAGUGGGAGAAGGAGGUGGCGAGAGCGGAGCGGGCCGUCCGCGAGGGAGCGAGAGAGCAGGGAGAUUCCGAGAAAGGGCGAACGAGGUGGGUGGUGAAAGCGACCUCGCAACCGCGCCGUUAACAUUCGCACCCACGCAUACAGACGCAGCGCAGCCGAAGCGGAGUGCUCUCGGGGCGAGGGACCUUGCGCGAGCCACCCCGAGGAGUUACUCGAACCUUGGUGGCGCACCAGAUACCAACGGGCGAGCGAGCGAGCGAGCAGGUGAUUCUCGCGAGGGUGACGGUACAUCCACCGGGUUCGCGUUCGCGAGGAGGAACCAGGGAUUCUUCGGGGCGAAGAGAAGAAAAGCCCUCUCCGCAGCGCGAGAAGUGAAAGAGGAAGAGAGCCGACUCGUCGCCGCAGCAGCAGCAGCAGCGGAAGACAGAAGGAAGAGGAGCGCCUGCCCCUGCGACUCGCAAAGCGCAUCCGCAUCCGCGAAGCGAGGAUGGUACGGAGAUUCUGCAACGGCGCGGUUGCACUUGGCAUCGCCCUGACGGCCUGCGCCGCUUUUCCGCGCGCCGUCAUGGCGAUCGACCUCAGCCGCUUCUACGGUCACUUCAACACGAAACGCUCGGAGGCUUGCCAUCCGUACGAACCGUUCAAGUGCCCGGGCGACGGUACUUGCAUCUCGAUACAAUACCUCUGCGACGGAGCACCCGACUGUCAGGACGGAUACGACGAGGACUCAAGAUUGUGUACCGCAGCCAAACGACCGCCCGUAGAGGAAACCGCGAGUUUCCUGCAGUCUCUGCUAGCCAGCCACGGUCCCAAUUACUUGGAGAAGCUGUUCGGAACCAAAGCACGCGACACGCUGAAGCCUCUCGGUGGUGUGGAGAAAGUGGCUAUCGCACUGUCCGAGUCGCAGACGAUCGAGGACUUCGGCGCGGCGCUGCACCUGAUGCGCUCAGACCUCGAGCACCUGCGCUCGGUCUUCAUGGCGGUGGAGAACGGCGAUCUGGGUAUGCUGAAGUCCAUCGGUAUCAAGGACUCCGAGCUGGGCGACGUCAAGUUCUUCCUCGAGAAACUCGUUAAGACGGGCUUCCUCGAUUGAACGGUCACACUCGCCGCCGAACCGCCGCCGCCGUCGUCGUCGUCGUCGUCGUCGUCGACGACGACGACGACGAGGAGGAAGAGCCGCCGCCGCAUCGCCGCCGGUGUCACGUCACCAUUGUCGCACCAGCAAUCCCUUCGUUUGAUGAAGCCUAAAUCAUCCUCUCCGCGGACACUUCUGCCUUUCCUUCGUCGCGAGUUUUUACGCGCAGGAUGUAGCCUGUCACUUUUCUUUCCUUUCCUGUCCUUCUCGAAUCUCCUGCUCUCGCUUCAACGCGACGAGCGCGAUCGCGAGCACCGGGAUGAUCGUCGAGAUCUGCGUAGCGAGCGAAUAUGUCCGAGUCUCCUCCGCACGACGUGCAAUCGGGCAGGUCUCACUCGUCUCGCAGCUCUAUCACGCUUGGAUAAUUUCGUUACGCGUAAAUAGAUCAGCGUUACGUCAGGCGUGUCGCUGAUCUAUUUGGUAAAGUAUGCGAUAAUCAGAACUGAUAAUCAAGUGCAUGCUCUCGGAUAGUUUUAAUUAUCGCGACUUUGAACACGCAUCUGUCGUUGGGAAAAGCGUAAUCGAGGACCUGAAGAACGUGUUAGGUCCUCUGUACGAUCUGCAAGCUGAUAUUACCACUUUAACUUCUCAAACUGUAACAUUUUGUGACCAAUAACGCGUUACUUACAAAUACCCUAUCUUACUCCCGCUAAGCUUUAUUGAUCCUGGACGUGAUUGGAUUUGAACGUAAACGUUUUGUUACAGUUAGAUAGGGAUCUCUCCCGCGUUCCCUCUCGCUUCCCCUAGUUGCGCGCUGAGGCGCAACCUCAUCUCGUGUGACCGAGUAAUGAGCUUUUGUCCGACCUACCUCUAAAAUAUUGAGCUUCCUCAUGUAUCUUGUAACUUCGUUACGGGGUUCCCUCACCCUCGUGCACGUGUGCGCACAGUUUCACGUGUCUCGGGUCUUAUUCGAUGCCGUGUCUUUAAUAUGCGAGCACGUACACGGUACCAUCUUGCAUAAGUGAUGAGACGUCGACGACGAUCGUUCGCGAUCGGCAGCGAUGUAACAGCUGUGCAUCAGAAUUUGUUCAAAGUUAUCUUCGCGAAGAGCUCUGUAAUUGCUCGAGAUGUUUCUUCCCAAUGAGAUCGUGGCCGAGAUAGAACAUGUCUCCGCGACAAAUUAAAAUUCUUAAACUCGGCAAAGUUUGUAUUCUCGGCUAGAGAUUGCUAACUUCGCAAACUUGAAACUCGAAAGAGGAGGAACUUCGCGAGAGAAAACUCCCGGGAAGUAAUUACGUUCGAGCACGGCAGGAUGGUUUUUAAUCAGAACCUUACUUUGGAAAGGUCGUGCGGAAGAAGCCGAUAAUGUUACUUUUAUCAAAUGCAGUGCCAUAAAAAUUGGCUCCCCCACCGGGGAACAGCCCUUAUGUUAACUGCGGACGCGCGACUGUUCCCAGCGAGAAGUGACUCGUCGAUUCAUGUCGAAACGAUGUCGAAUCGACGUCGAAUUUGUCGACGUCGUCGAAUUUGACAGCGUCUACGUCGAUGUCGUUUCGACGAAUCAUUUCUCACUGGGUCCCCUAUAGUAGCCUAGCGCAGGGACCAAACAUAGUGCAACUAGUAUGCCCAUUCGCUGUCGGCCCUUUGAUCUUUUCGGUUUCGAUCGCGUGGUAUUCCGCCAUUACUUUGGUGUGUGAAAUCCUUUCACACUGUCACACUAUCGCAUGUACACACUACCACAUAUACAACGUCCGUCUUAUUGGCCACACCAAAAUAAUGGCGGAUGCGCCGAAAGGAUCGGCGCAAAAACGAAACGAAUGACAGAGUGGGCAUACUAGUUAUACUAUGGACUUCGGUUGUAUCGGGCCAAUGUUUAACCAACGUUUGGUCCACGCACUGUGCUACUAGGGUUGGAUCUGGGCGCCUCGAUUGUUGGUGCUGGGAGCGGGGAACCCCUGUACUCUCAAUUACAUUUUGCGUCUUCGUGAGAGGACCUGCGCGUAACGAUUGUUCUCGAUUACUCCCUUGAGGUAUCCUUUGUACUUUCCGACGGCGCCGCGCAAUUUCCGUUGCGAUUGCACGGUAAUCUUGUAUAUUGCGGAUCGGGGAGAGGGACGAAAGCUUUGAUUCGGACAGGCGAUUACUGCUGCAACAUAUUGAUUUAAACCGACGUUCUCCCGCGCGUACGUAUGCUUUCUUUUUUUAAAUUUAGCUUCGUUACCGCGGUCGCUCCUAUUCGCGUUAAAUUUCGCGACACGCGACACCGCGGCGAACAGGAAGAUUAGACAAAAAGGGGGGGAAAAAGGUGAAAAUAGCAAAUCCCACGCCGAGAAAUGUCUCUCGGUUUAUUCGGUAUUUUCGCCGCAUCUAAUUGCACCGAAUUGUAAUUCUUGUCUCGAUUAAGGCGACACCGAUGAGGACGGUAGGACAAGACGAAGCAGCCUUGUUUAACGUUGCAAAACGGUGCGGUGGGAAUACCGAUCCUUCGCGCCGGAAGGAUCAGGUGUUUUUGAUUUCUCUCGGUGCAGCCGUGAACGUCACGCAAUCGUAACACGCAGUGCGGCGAUGCUGCACGCGUUGCGCUUAUUUACGAGAAAUGGGUACAAAAGAGUAAUAAGGAGACGAGGAGGAAGAAGAAGAAGACACGGAGCAUCACGUCGCGUUCUUUCAGGGUAUGACGCGCGUUUUACUUGUUAGGCGAAAGAGAGCAAGAUAUAAGAUAUAUAUAAUGCUAGCGUAUGAUAUUUUCAUUACGGCAACACGAUACAUAUCAGUACACAUACAUAUCAGUAAAUUAUAUUUAAAAAAAAUUAUAUAGAUAUAUAUAUAUAAUGAGGAGAGUAACGGUACCGGAUUCUCUCGAGGUAGCGCUUCCCGUCGCGCUUUCCUUUUACUUCGAAGAGAGAAAAUUUCACGCGUUAUAAAUUUCUAUGUACACACACAUACACACACAGGCACGCGCGCACGCACACACAAAUAUAUAUAUAUAUAUGUGUGUGUGUAUAAAUUGUGCUAUUCGCGACAAUCGAGAAAUCGCGGACGGGCGAGAGACCACCCUUUCUUACCUCGAGAGAAUACCAUCCCCCGUGGGAUAACGACGUAUCUACUUGCUAGUUGUAAGCGUAUCUUUUAAUCGAUACAAACGAUACAUUGAGACAUAUCUUCUAAUUAAUGUAACGUAAGCGAGUCUAGAGGUAUACAAAUAUUAUACAUAUAUACAUAGCGGAUACAUAUCAACAGAGAAAUCACUCUUUUAUCAGAUGGUAGAUAAUAUUUUGGUAUAUAAAGAAGAGGAAAAAAAAAAGUUUAAAUAUUCCCUCCAGAUGUCAAUUACGGUCCAAAGUAGGGCCUGGACCGAGGGCAAAAUCCGAGGGAACUUGUGUGUUUUAGCGAACAACCGAACGGGGCAUCAGACCGGGGGGUCAUGGCGCGCCGCGACACCCCUUUCUUUCUCUCUCUCUCUCUCUCUCUCUCCCCCCCCCCUUUCUCUCCCCCUCUCUGUCCCCCUUCCGCCUCUCCGCCUCUCCGCCGCGUGCCUUGACCCUUUGGCCCCAAUAUUUCGAGUCGUAAGUCAUAAGGUCAAAUCUAUCUCCCCCGAGAGCGGCAGACCGGAGUUCCACUAAUAUCUGAUAUACAUAUAUGUAUAUGCCACGUUUCGGAGGCGCGUCACUCGCAUCGUCUUGGAAUGAUAAGAGAUGAUAUUUUCCUCCCCACCCCCUCGCUCCCCCUUUGUACGUUUUAUUAUUAUUAUUUACACGUGUUGCAGAUACUUAGCCACGAAGAGCGGACGAAGAGCUGGUUUGUCAGUUUAAUAUUCUCUCGCAGACUGUGUGUCUUGUUGUAUCCGAUCGAUAUUCAAGCAAGUGGUAUCGAUGCUUCUCGACUAAAUUAGAUUAGCUCGUUUUAAGUGAAAGGAAACGAAAACGUUAAGUUAAAUUUCACGACAUGUUAAAUUUCAUGACUUAUUAAACCUCAUGACUGUUCCAAAAA